AAAAUUUCAGAGGUUUAAAAUGUGCCAUGGAAUUGAAAAAGUUUUUAAUCUAGCAAUGGGAACUUUCUCUAAAUCAGAGAAUUUUAAACAAAAGUUCGAGAAGCUUCUCGUUCAAACUAGUCAGCUGACAGGAAAAGAGGUUGGUUUAGAUAAAUAUAAAAGUUUGCAGGCUCCGACCAACAAUUCGUCACCCUCCAGAAAAAGAAGAGCGCAUGCACCGUGCACAUAUAUUAAGGUUGCUGAGAACUCCACCAUCUCUAUGGGUGUAUUUAUAGUCCGUGAGGGUGAGAGAAUACCCCUUCACGACCACCCCAGCAUGUACGGUAUAAUUCGCUGUCUUCAGGGGAAACUUAAAAUAACAUCAUUUACAAGAAAGCGGACUGACGUAGAUGUACUCAAUUCAUUAUCAUCUAGUUAUAAGAGGAAAAUUGAGCGGGGAGAACUGUUUUUAGCAGAACCUCUUCCAACCUUAGAGCUGACACCUGAAUCCAAACCUUGCUUUCUAGAUCCUGUAGCAGGCAACAUUCAUCAGGUGGAGAGUGUGGACGGACCUGCAGCUUUUUUAGAUAUUCUCUCCCCUCCCUACAAUACGGAUCCAGAUCCAGCAUCAGCUGAUAAACAGAUUCGAGAUUGUAAUUAUUACCGAUAUCUUGAUGGUGAUGUUGAUGGAUACAGAUGGUUGCUUCUCUCCGAUCCUCCUUCAUCCUUCUACUGUGAUACAGAACUUUACCAGGGUCCAGAGUUUAAAUACUCAUGUGAAGAAGAAAAUUGACUUGACUUCCAACCUAGCUGAUUCAUAAAAAUACAUUCUUAGAUGUAGAUUUAUCUUCUAGUGACAACCCCCCCCCCCCUUUAUAUUAAUGUGGCAUGUUCGUUCAAACGGUACCGUCUAAACUUUGUCUGAUCCAGGAGGAAUGAGACAUUCAUGUUAUUCUAGCUUAGAAUUGAUUAGUUGUCAACAGUAUCUUCUCAGAUGAAGAUUCAAAUUGUACCGUUGUGAUGUGGACAUGCUACUUACUCUAUAACUGAAGUGUCACUUGGAAUUACGUGUAAACAUUCUCUUUAAUCAUUGAAAUUAUGUAGACAGUCCCUAAUCAUUAAAAUUUCUUUCUCACGGUUUUUCCUUUAAAAAUAAUAUUUUUUCCUUUAUCCGUGUUUUUCCUCUCUUUUCUUCAUUUAAUUUCAAAUGAGAGAUUUUUGUUUUUGUUUUUCAAACAUUAGCCUUCCACGGUUGAUUUAAUUGCAAAACUAAAGUUGUUUUUAUUAAGAACCUGGAACGACAACUUUGAAUCUUUGAAAUCCAUGUAUUUCCCAUGUGCAGUAGAAAAUAGAAGAAAUUGUAAGAAUUAAAAAAGAAAACUUUUCAAUGUUUGCUCAAAAAAGUGUUUUAAUGGCAAGCAUCUGUUUCAAUUAGCGGUCACUUAUAAAUGCUUCGACAGUUCGGUUUAAUCAUAUAUUAAUAAAGAGACAUGACUGAAAGGGAAAAGGAAUUUUUCCUUGAAAAGAGUUUUUUUUGUUCUCAUACCGUGAAAUGUUAACUACCAGUUUUGUAAUUUAAAUCUAAAGAUUAACCUAAAAUAAAUUUUUGUCUUGCAAUUUACUCCCUACACGUUUGCUCUGAUAUUAAUUAGCUCAAUUUUUCAGUAACUCUUGAAAUAUUCUUUAUUAAAGAAAAUAG